AACCAGGAGUGGGUAAUUGAGACAAGUAAAGCUUACUGAAAGAAAUACAAAAUAAAAGCAUGUACAAUAAAAAAAACACAGAAAUACAUAAUCAAGUAAGGGGGAAAAAAGGGAACUGUGAAAUAAUUCCACUGAAUGACAUUUGUCUGCUGAAACAUCUUACUGUCAGGUGUGACUUCCCUCAUGAUUUCCUGUAACAGAGUGUAACCCGAUACACACCACUUUUCCCUCCACAGUAAAACUGGUUGACAUUCACCUUCACAUACAAAGAUUCACACGGGACAUUCACACAGGACAGAAAAUGGAUCAGGAAAAACUCUGCUGUUCAGUCUGUCUGGAUCUACUGAAGAAGCCGGUGACUCUUCCCUGUGGACACAACUACUGUAUGAGCUGUAUUAAAGUCCACUGGGAUAAAGAGGAUCCAAAAGGAGCCUACAGCUGUCCUCAGUGCAGAAAAGUCUUUGCACCGAGGCCUGAGCUGGUGAAAAACACUAUGUUAGCAGAGUUAGUAGAGGACUUGAAGACACCUGGAAUCCAACCUGCGUCAGCUGAUCUCUGCUAUGCUGGACCUGAAGAUAUUUCCUGUGAUGUCUGCACAGGAAAGAAGCUGAAAGCAGUGAAGUCCUGUCUGGUAUGUUUGGUUUCUUACUGUGAGCAACACCUCCAGCCUCACUAUGACUCCUCUGCCUUUGACAGUCACAAGCUGGUCAAACCAUCCAACAGGCUGAAAGGGAACAUCUGUUCAACUCACAAUGAGGUAAUGAAGAUGUUCUGCCAUACUGAUCAAAAGUGUAUCUGUUAUGUCUGCUGUGUGAAUGAACACAAUCACCAUAACACGGUUCAAGUUGAAGAAGAAAGGAAACACAGGCAGAAAGAUCUCAAGCUGAUUCUGCAAAAAAUCCAGCAGAGGAUUCAGAGAAGAGUGGAGGAAGCAAAAGUGCUUGAUAAAGAGGUAGAGGGAAUUAAAGUGUCAGCUGAUAAAGCAAUGAAGGACAGUGAAACCAUCAUCAAUCAGCUGGUGAGUUACAUUAAAGAAAAGGGGACAAGUCUAAAGCAGCAGAUACAACUCCAGCAGAAAGAGGAAGAGAGUCGAGUUAUAGAGCUUCAGAAGAAGCUGGAGCAGGAGAUCACUGAGCUGAAGAAGAUGGACGAGGAGCUGAAGCAGCUUUUACACACAGAGGACAACACAGAGUUUCUACUCAGCUACUCCCUGCCUUUCAAACUCAAUGAUUAUACUGACUCACCAAGCUUCAAAAUGUGUCCAGUCAAAUACUUUGAGGAUUUCCAAACAGCACUGUUAGAAAUCAGAGACAAUCUCAAAGCAAUUCUAGCUCAAGAAUGGAGGAAGAUCACUCUGACAGUGAGAUCAGUGGAUGUUUUAUUGCCACAAAGCAAGCCUAAGACCAGAGAUGAGUUUUUAAAAUAUUCAUGCCAACUGACGAUGGAUUCGGAUACAGUGCACCCUAAAAUAUUCCUGUCUAAUCAGAAUAGAUCUGUGUCAAACACUGUUCAACAUCCAACUAAUGACUUUUAUUUUCAUAGAAGGGACAGGUUUUCCAACCAGCAGCAGGUCCUGAGUAAGGAGAGUCUGAUUGGACCUUGUUACUGGGAAGUGGAGAUGAAAGGGAGAGGUCUGUCAGUAGCUGUGACGUACAAGAAUAAAGAUAACCUGGAUCAAAGUGAUUUUGGAAGUAACAAUAAUUCCUGGGCAUUAGAGUGUUACGGCGACUACUACAAAUUCAGACACAACAAAAUCAAAACUUCCCUCUCAGGCCCUCUGUCCUCCAAAGUAGGAGUGUACGUGGAUCCCAGAGCAGGUAUUCUUUCUUUCUACAGCGUCUCUGACACCAUGGCCCUCCUCCACAGAGUCCAGACCACAUUCACUGAGCCGCUCUAUGCUGGACUGUGGAUUUGGAAGACAAUAGAUAGCAAGGAGCAGACGGCAGAGUUUCACUCCACCGAGAGAACUCGUGACAUAAUUCUGAAGGCCAGACCGUCACAGACGCUCACUUCCGACCUACCCGGCUUUUGGAGGACCAAGCCCACUUAG